UGCGGUCGUGGGAGGAGCCGGGGCGGGAGGUGGUGCCGCGGAGGGGACCCGCGGCCCGGGCGAGAGCUCGCCAGCCCCGCCGCGAUGCCCCCGCGCCCAGGACGCCUCCUCCCGCCUCUGGCCGGGCUGCCGGCCCUGGCCGCGCUCCUUCUGCUGCUAGGCUCUCGUAAGGGCGCCCGGGCCCAGGAGGCGGCGGCGGACGGCGAAGCAGAGCAGGACCCGCACGCCAAGCACCUGUACACGGCCGACAUGUUCACGCACGGGAUCCAGAGCACCGCGCACUUCGUCAUGUUCUUCGCGCCCUGGUGUGGACACUGCCAGCGACUGCAGCCAACUUGGAAUGACCUGGGAGACAAGUACAACAGCAUGGAGGAUGCCAAGGUCUACGUGGCUAAAGUGGACUGCACGGCCAGCUCUGACGUGUGCUCCGCCCAGGGUGUGCGAGGAUACCCCACCCUGAAGUUUUUCAAGCCUGGCCAAGAAGCGGUGAAGUACCAGGGUCCUAGAGACUUCGAAACACUAGAAAACUGGAUGCUGCAGACGCUGAAUGAGGAGCCGCCUACACCGGAGCCUGAAGCGGAACCUCCCAGAGCCCCUGAACUGAAGCAGGGGUUGUAUGAACUCUCGGCCAACAACUUUGAGCUGCAUGUUUCUCAAGGCGACCACUUUAUCAAGUUCUUCGCUCCGUGGUGUGGUCACUGCAAAGCUCUGGCUCCAACCUGGGAGCAGCUGGCUCUGGGCCUUGAACAUUCCGAAACUGUCAAGAUUGGCAAGGUCGACUGCACACAGCACUAUGGGCUCUGCUCAGAAAACCAGGUUCGAGGCUAUCCCACUCUGCUGUGGUUCCGAGAUGGCAAGAAGGUGGAUCAGUACAAGGGAAAGCGGGACUUGGAGUCACUGAGAGACUAUGUGGAGUCACAACUUCAGGGUCCGGAGGUGGCCCCAGAGACUGUAGAGCCCUCAGAGGCCCCAGAGCUGGCUGCUGAACCCACAGCUGACAAGGGCGCUGUGCUGGCACUCACCGAAAAGAACUUUGAAGACACCAUCGCACAAGGAAUAACCUUCAUCAAGUUCUAUGCUCCAUGGUGUGGGCACUGUAAGAAUUUGGCUCCUACCUGGGAGGAGCUCUCUAAAAAGGAAUUCCCUGGCUUGGCAGAUGUUACCAUCGCAGAAGUAGACUGCACUGCUGAACGGAAUAUCUGCAGCAAGUACUCGGUACGAGGCUAUCCCACAUUGCUGCUUUUCCGAGGAGGUGAAAAAGUGGGUGAGCACAGUGGAAGUAGAGACCUUGAUUCUUUACACAGCUUUGUCCUGCGCCAGGCAAAGGAUGAACUCUAGAACCCCUGGGAAGUCAU